CUGUAGCGUUACGAUUAUCUGCAGUUCACAUGGUGUCUUACCGGUUGUGUUACCGUAAAAUAAAACAUUUCAAAUAUGACGAAAGAAUUGACUGAUAAAAUAUUGAAUUACUUGGACGAGCACGAAGAAGUAAAUUCUCUUGAUUUAGCAGAAAUUUUAAAAGAAAAUCAUCAAAAAAUUGUUGGAGCAAUUAAAAGUCUGGAAACAGUUGGUGAUUUGAUUACCACUAAACAAAUCAGUGACAGAAAAUGGGAAUUAACAUCGGAAGGACAACACAUAGUGAAUCAUGGAAGUCACGAAGCAGCAGUUUAUAAGGCAGUUCCUGAUGAUGGGAUACCUCAGUCUAAAAUCAUGCAAUCGAUACCAUUUGCAAAAAUUGGAUUCUCUAAAGCUUUGACUGCUGGUUGGAUACAAAUUGAUAAAUCCAGUACACCUAUUAUAAAAAAAAAGGUAACUUCUAUAACAGAUGUUACACAAAAUGAUUUAAAAAAUCUUGCAAAUUUGACUGAUCGUCAGAGAAAUGACUACAAAAAAAGAAAACUUAUUCAAGAGAUAAUUAUUAAAUCUGUACAAUUGGGAAAAGGAAUAAAUUUUUCAAGAAAAGUUGAGAAACUAGAAACAGAAUUGACUGCAGACUUAUUGGUGAAUGGUGCUUGGAAAGAUAAAAAAUUUAAACCAUAUAACUUUGAAGCACUUGGUGCUGCUCUUGAAGUAGGCCACUUACAUCCUUUAUUAAAAGUUAGAACUGAAUUUAAAAAAAUUUUCUUUGAAAUGGGGUUUACAGAAAUGCCAACCAAUAAUUUUGUAGAAAGUUCUUUUUGGAACUUUGAUGCAUUAUUCCAACCUCAGCAACACCCAGCAAGAGAUGCACACGACACCUUCUUUAUAUCUGAUCCAUCUCGUAGUACAAAUUUUCCAAUGGAUUAUUUGGAAAAGGUGAAAAAAGUUCAUAGCGAAGGAGGAUAUGGAUCUUUAGGAUAUUGUUAUGAUUGGAAAAUAGAAGAGGCACAAAAAAAUGUACUUCGUACCCAUACAACUGCUGUCAGUGCGCGUAUGCUUUUCAAACUUAUGCAAGAGGGUGAUUUUAAACCGGUAAAAUACUUCAGUAUAGAUCGAGUAUUCCGUAAUGAAACCCUGGAUGCUACACAUCUUGCAGAGUUUCAUCAAAUCGAAGGUGUAGUCGCUGAUUACAAUCUCACAUUAGGUGAUUUAAUAGGAAUAUUGUACGAAUUUUUUAAGAAACUUGGUAUUACACAGCUUCGGUUCAAACCAGCGUAUAAUCCGUACACUGAACCGAGUAUGGAAAUCUUCUGUUACCAUGAUGGUCUGAAAAAAUGGAUAGAAAUCGGUAAUAGCGGAAUGUUCAGACCAGAAAUGUUAUUACCAAUGGGGUUGCCUGAAAAUGUGAAUGUAAUUGCUUGGGGAUUGUCGUUAGAAAGACCAACUAUGAUUAAAUAUGGGUUAAACAACAUACGAGAUUUAGUUGGACCAAGGGUGGAUAUGGAGAUGGUUUAUAACAAUCCUAUUUGUCGAUUAAACAAGAUUAAACGUGUUCCUCUUCAAGAAAAGGAGGUUGAAGACAGAAAGCAACAAUUAUACAAGUACGAAAAUAAAUCCUGUGCAGUUAAACAAUCGGGAAAAUUGGAAAAACAAAAACUCAUUAUAUUUUGUGAUCCGAAGCAUCCAAUUAAGUUUAUCGAAUCUUUCUGUUACUUCAUAAAACCUUAUAUCAGUAUUUCUGUAACAUCCCAUAUACAUUCUAGCGUUCAACAGUUACCAAAUGAUUUAUUAACUUUUUGUUCAGAAUACCAAAAUUCGAAUGAAAAUGCUGUAAUUCAUUUCACAGUAAUAUGGAAGGCAAUUGGAAUUGAUCCAAUAAUGCAUUUGUCGGGUAUGCAUCAGAUAAUGGGUGAAGUGAACAUAGCACGAUACAUUAAUCGUCUAAUUGAAAACGCUUAUCCACAUGUUCUACCUUACGAAAGUAAAGGCGUGUUGUAUGCAAAUGAAAUAGACUACUAUUUAGAAAAGAUUCACAGUAUCUUGCAUGCAAAUACGUGUAAUGAUAUUCGUAAGAAGUCACGUUACAUAAUGGGUGAGAAUAUAUCCAUCGUGGAUAUUCUUUUGGAAACAUUGGAAAGAUCUAAACAAUGACAACAUAAAUAACGUAAAAAUAAAAUUUUAU